CAUUUUUAAAAUCCUAAAAUGUCACGGAUUUUUCUGCUUUCCAUUUUUCGUAAAAUAAACACGAUAUUAAUCAUACUAGUUGCAUUCAGUGAUCUGAUCUUCAACUUGACGAUAUCAGCACACGAAACUGAUGGUUUCAAGCUAAUUCCUAUCUGGUUGUUUGCAAAAACUGGUGGCAAUGCAACUAAAGCAGAGAUAAUUGAUUGCCACCUUAGAAUAUUCUCCCGCGAAGGGGGAAACAUUGCCCUCAAUGAGACAUCCCCCAUAUUAGGAGGUCAGACCAUAGUGAUUUGCAAUUGGGUGCUUGAGACUGACCUGACAUACAGUAUCUCCCUGUACUUCAAAAGAUUGCAUCUACCUCCAAUUUGGUAUAAGGAAAAGUGUCUGUUUGGGUCAUUGAAGUAUGGUCUCUAUGAUAAUUUGGAUCGGAGGGUGAUAGAGAAAGAGGUAUGCGGAGACCCAGUAGUUCAGGCAUACGAGACAUCAAGGCAUAAAGUCUGGCUUGAAUAUACUUCUUCAACACUAUACCAUCCAUACAAUGUCAUUGACAUAACAUACACCAUAGAACCGACAGUUCAAGCUUACAAGACAUCAAGGCAUAAACUCUGGCUUGAAUAUACUUCUUCAACACUAUACCAUCCAUACAAUGUCCUUGACAUAACAUACACCAUAGAACCAACAGGUAGCUAUAUUAGCCAGGUGACUGUGGGAGUCUUAUGUGGCUUUGUCAUCCCAUUGCUAUGCUGUCUUCCACUCUAUAUAGUCUAUAAGCGAACCAGAAGAGACAAGAAGAGAACUAAGGAAGAAAAGCAGCUAGCUAUGUGGAGAAGAAAACACAACCUCAUACGUAGGAAGUCUCAGGAUCCCAAGAAAUCUGUCAGAUUUGGGAGCCUGUCUGAUGCCAGGAGGAGCUCAAGUGUAACAGAUAUAUCAAUACACCAAGGAGAUAGUCCUCCAAUCAAGAAGCGCAGGAUAAUGUCAGAGAUUACACCAUUGAUGAAGUUUCAUCGAUAUGCACCGAGGCAUCACACAGUUUCAUAUAUGCACAGUCGGGCUCAUUCUAUAAGUAAACUCAAUGCCAAACGCCCCUAUCAUUUCAACCAAUCAAAUAGCACAUCCAGAUCGAGACGGUAUUUCAGCCAAUCAGAUACUAGAUGUAAUACCAGAGGGUUGACUCCAUCUCUUAGUCAAAGAGACAAUAGAAUGAGGUCAUUAUCUGUAACAUCAACAUUUAAAACAUAUGAUGUCACAAAUGUAGUGGCGACACCUAUACCCGAAAUGCAGGAAGCUGUGGAGAAACUAAAUAGAAAGCAUAAUGAGAGAUACGUUUCAUUUUUGGAGGACAGUGUAUUCUUGCCCGAUUCUCCAAUAUCUAAGGAUGACGAAACAUGUGCUUAUGGUCAGAAAAAAUGGGAAAACAUGAAGCUAAAUGUGAAUCAAAAUGUGAAACGAAAUGUGAAACUCAAGUCCUCUUUGGAAAGCGAAGAUGAUGUAUUUCUGCCAAAUAAUAACACUACAAUAUUAUUUAAGGAUGAAUGUUCUAAACAAACCAAAGAUGCAUUAUCUGAUGAUAAUAACAAUAGUGUUCCUGAAGUGACUGAUAGCUCAGAUGUUGUGUAGAAUGAUCGAAUAUGUACUUGACACAGUGUCCUUAAAUGUCUCUUAACCUACAAUAGUUUUAUAACUUUAAUAAACAUACUGUACUCUGAUAUAACAAUAGUCAUAAAACAUGUGCUUCAACACUGGGUCUCUAAAUUUAAAAAAAAGUGU